CUGGGAUUUUUUCCCAUUCUCAAACUCAAGUGCGUUGGAGAAGAAGAGACUGCCGCUGCCGGAGCUUGCUUCCCUGCCACCGCCUACGUCGUCCCUCUCGCCUUCACUACCUAGAGCUGCUGCAAGAAUGAACAGAUUGGUGGUGAGAAGAACUCUUUACUCGAAUCACCAUCAACCGAAGUGUCCAUGGAAGAGAGGCUUCUGUAGUGGCGGCGAAGCUGCUGCUGCUGCACCAGCGUCAAGCGCUUCAUCCGGCCAGCUUAACCAUAAGGAUGGGAGUUUCGCUGGAGAUGAUCAACCUUACGACCUUGCUAUUGUCGGAGGAGGCAUGGUCGGGAUGGCUCUAGCUUGUUCCUUGGGUAUGUGGUGUGCAUUGCGGACAUGUCUUCGUGAAGUAGCUAAACUCUUGCAUUAACCUCGUCUUCUCGUGGCCCCAACAAAGCCCCUGACGAAGCACCUGAAAGUUGCCAUUAUUGAUAGCAAUCCUGCUUUGGCUAAUAAGCUGUCUAUCAAGAGGGAGGAUCCACCUGAUCCCAGGGUCAGUACGGUGACACCCGCAACCAUUUCUUAUUUCCAAGAUGCUGGUGCUUGGCAAUACGUUCAACAGCAUCGACAUGCAUUUUUUGAUAAGAUGCAGGUCUGGGAUUACACUGGCUUAGGAUAUACAACCUACGAUGCCAGAGAUGUAUACAAAGAUGUUUUAGGGUGUGUGGUAGAGAAUCGAGUGCUUCAUAGCUCUUUGUUAUCGCGUAUUGAAGUAAUGUCCUUGCUUAAUGGUCACUUUACAUUAUCCAUAUGCCCCAUUGCUUUUACUUCACCGAAUAUUUCGUUGCAUUUUAUCCUCUGAGAUUUGCACAGUCCAUGGGUGCUACUUCCAGUUACCUCUAGUUCCCCCAUAUUUCUCUUUCCUGGAUCUCAUAGUAUAUUUACGUGGACCUUCUUACUUUGGAGUGUAUUCUGCUAGGUCCUCCCUGUUUGUCUUUGUUAAGUCCAUAAAACUGUGCUUAAUAAUCUUUACCUGGGUUGGCCAGUAUGUGUCUAUAUCCUGAAUGCAAAUGUAUAAGAUUGCAGGAUACAGACGUCCAAAAGACAAUCUACCCUUCUAGGUUGGCUUCAAUGAUUCGAUAUCCAAGUUCUUCAGUGAAGGCAGAUGACAACACUAGGGAAGCAUCAUACAUUAAAGCGGGAUUAGUAAAGCUAGAAAUGAGCGAUGGCAGCAGCCUGUACACGAAGUUGGUGGUUGGAGCUGAUGGGGCCAAGUCGCAAGUCAGGAACCUAGCAGGAUUUAAAACUACUGGGUGGAACUAUUCACAGAAUGCCAUAAUCUGUACCGUUGAACAUUCUGUUGGAAAUCACACUGCUUGGCAGAGGUUUUUACCAGGUGGUCCAAUUGCUCUCUUGCCGAUAGGGGAUAAUUUUAGCAAUAUUGUCUGGACCAUGAGCCCGAAGCAGGCAUCAGACUUGACGGUGAUGAAUGAGGAUGAGUUUGUGAAAGCUGUAAAUCAAGCUAUGGAUAAUGGAUACGGCCCUCAUCCCAAGUCCAACUUCUCUAACGGCAGCAACAAGUUUUCAUUCCUUGGAGGAAACUUGACAAUGUCGACCAAUGAAUCUUUUGAGGUUCCACCAAAGGUUGUGAAGUUGGCUUCCAAGAGAGCUGCAUUUCCCCUGUCCUUGAUGCAUGCUAAUGACUACGUGGCAAAACGCAUUGUUCUCAUUGGUGACGCAGCACAUGCUGUUCAUCCUUUAGCUGGCCAAGGAGUUAAUUUGGGUUUCGGAGAUGCAUUUACCCUGUCCAGAAUCAUUGGUGAGGGAGUUGCAGUAGGAACGGACAUUGGGGAGGUCUCACUGUUGAGAAAGUAUGAAGCAGAAAGGAAACCAGCAAACAUUGCAAUGAUGGCUGUGCUGGACGGGUUUCAGAAGAUAUACUCUGUUGAUUUCGGGCCUCUUAAUGUGUUGCGUGCUGCUGCCUUUCAUGCCGCGAACUAUAUUUCACCACUGAAGAGGGGCAUCAUCUCAUAUGCCUCUGGAGAGCAGAGAUUACCAAUAUUCCCGUGAAAACAGAGGUGAUCAGAUUUCCUGAGUUCUGGAAACAAUCUGAAUGAGUAAAUCAUAAUGUGUUUGUACAUCCGUGUAAUAAUGGCACUUUACUUGAACAGAUGAUGUACAGAAUGGGAGGUCACUUUCUCUCCUUGCUCAACUAUCUGGUUACAUAUAAUGCAUCUAUCUGUUUUUGUUAUCCCAAAUCCGCUUCCUUCAAAGACAGGGCAUUGUACAAUUGAUGCUCAUUGUAUGUAUCUCGUAUGUUACCUAACUUAUGUACACAUCGGAACUAAUUACUGCAACAAAAAUGCAUCCCGAAUUAUCCGAGCAGCUACUCUGGAAGUGAGCCUUGUGAUUACCUCAGGGAGCACCCUGGCUGAUAUGCCGGGCAGAACAGGAAGAAGCUCCCGUACAAUCUGGGCUGUGUUGGCACCCCCCUGAGUGGAUGUGCUUGAGAGUGAGCUCCCGGCAGUUAGGAACUCAACAACCUUCUGGACGUUGUUGAGGAUGACUUUGUCCUCCUCGGUUAUGCUCGGGAGAAGAGCUGCUGGUCUAAAUGGUCUAGGAACCAUGCUAAAGACAGGAGGAGCAUUUCCAAAUCCAACAAGUGCCAGUAUUUGAACCAACUGUUCCCUCGUCACAGCGUCAAUUCCUUUAACGAUCUCGUCAAGAAGGAAUUCUCUGAAAAAGUUUCCCUUCUCCGAAAUCAA